AUGCCAAGCCAACUCGACGUAUCACCUUCAAAGGUAGCACCGAGGGGCAAGGAUCCGGCGCAACGGGUAUACAUCAAGUUCCUCGUCUUUUCAAUCACCCUCUUUGUCGCGCCGCUAAGUGCAUUCUUCCUCGCCAAAGAUCGUUGGCUCGACGGUAACGCGACCUACGCAGGCGGUCUAGCCGCCAUCGUCGUCAACAUCGUACUCGUCGCCUACAUCGUAUCCGCUUUCCUCGAGGACAAAGACGACGCUGCCCCCUCGAGAACUGCAACGACCAAGACUACGACUGCAGGCGAGGCCAAGAAGGACAAGUAG